UACAACCGUUUAAAACUCUGGAAUCUGAGAGCGCAAAAAAAUCAAAAUAUUGAGAAAAUUGCCUUUGAAGUUGUUAAUCAGGGGCACUGUGGCAGACCAUCCACUCACAAAAAUAAAGUUUUUAUAUAUUUAACGUAGGAAAUUUACAAAAUAUCUUCAUGGAACAUGAUCUUUACUUAAUAUCCUAAUGAUUUUUGGCAUAAAAGAAAAAUCGAUAAUUUUGACCCACACAAUGUAUUUUUGUCUUUUACUAAAAAUGUUCCCGUGCUACUUAAGACUGGUUUUGUGAUCCAGGGUCACAUAUGGUUAAAGUGUUAAGGUUAUGAGAAGAAAUAAGCUUACAGGGGAGGAGCUGUGGUGUCGUACACCAAAGUAAAAUAAUAUUGUAACCAAGUAAUGAUAUGUCAGUUAUCAGACUUAAACAUGUUAUUGGUUCACGGUUAUGUUAAGGUGUCUGAUUGGAGCAACUAGGGGAUGUUCCGCCUCUGUCAACCGAUAUAAAAAAGGAAGUCUAGAAUAGCACGAGGUGUGUGUUCCGGUGGUUAGAGAAUGGCCACACAUGUUUUGAACUGCUGUGUACAAUAAAAUAUCUUUGUGCUGACGAUAUUGUUUCUCGCCGUGUUCUAUCCGGUAACAUCUUAAGAGAGGGACUGUUCUCUCAGACACGACACUCAGCUCCCGUGGCAUCAUGGGAUAGAGAAGUGUCCAUCCGAUCCACACUCACGAAUUUCGGCGGAAGUAGUAGACCAUCCGGGUAUUUCUCGCCUGGUACUGUUUUUUGCAUACUGAGGUUUUGGACAUAUUAUUCAUGACUCAUACUCAUUUUCGCCUACUAUAUAGUAUGGGAGUAGGCGAUUUCGGACGCAGCCACAGCUAACUCUCCAUGGCUCUGGCCUUGACAUGCCGCCUCACGCAUGCGCAGAUCUUUAUCACCGUAAAUACACGAAGUGACCGUACGCUGUCUACGCCACACGCGAGUGGCACAGCGCAGUGUACUUGGUCGAAAGCAAGUGUGUGAUCCAAACAUCAACAACGCCGCAUUCGUUCAGAUAUAAAAUCACACCCUGCCAUAUUUUCAAACAUAACUCUGGUUGUAUGCAGCUAUUUAUAAGGAGACUUCUGCAUCAUAUUACUGGUAUUUUUUUUGAGACAGCGUUUACCGGUAAAUUGACAGAAUGCCGUUGCAACAGUACAUUUGUGUAAUUACCAUAACGUUACCAGAAUGACUAUACCGGGAAUUUACCAGCAUUGCUGUGUGAAAAGGGCUGACACUAAAGAUAUGGAAAUCAGGAAGAGCUCGCGCAGUUUAGGCACACGCACGAGAGGCGGAGGGCAUGAGUGCAUAAACAAAAAGUGAACGGUGCAUUUGAAUUCACAUCUUCAGGGAGUACACAAGGAACCUCAUGAUGAGCCAAAUGGAUGAAUUUCAUGUGACAAUUCGAACCUCCGCAUUACCUCUCUCAGGAACAUAUGGCAGUGUUUGGAUCUCUCUGGUCGGUACUCUUUGCGAGACCCCUCCAGUGAAAGUGAAUCCAGAACAACAUCGUCUCCUGCCAGGCUCAGCCUAUACUAUUGUCAUCACACCUACAGAGGAAGUUGGUAAACUGGUUUUGAUGAAACUGCGUCUUGAGGCUCAGCCUGGGUUUCCAGACCUGAACUGGCACUGUCAGGAUGUUGAGGUGAGACGGCAUUCUGAAGAUCCCAAUGUGGAUGUUUUUCUUUGCCAUAAAUGGAUUCAGAGCGCAGACGGAUAUGUUGAGCUUCGGAACGAUAAAGUGUGUCUGAGAAAGGAGGAGACAUUGGCAAUCCUAACAGCUCACAGGGAGAAGGCUCUUAAGAAUAAACAGCAGUCUAUCAGGUUUGGCACAUUUGUUGACGGCGUCCUUGGAUGUGUGGACAUGCCCAGUGCGGCAGCUCUAGGUCCCAACCUGACUCACAUUCGUCAAAGUCCAGGCAGCAAUGUGCACUAUCUAAAAGGUUUUACUGAAAGAGGAACAUCUUGGAAUAGUCUACAAGAACUUGAGACAUUCUUCCUGUUCAACGGAAGAGAGAACACAGUUGCGAAAUAUGUUCAGGCCCAUUGGAAAGAGGAUGCAUUCUUUGGGUAUCAAUGCCUCAAUGGCUCCAAUCCGCUGUGUGUCAAGCAGAUCCGCAGCCUGCCACCCAACUUCGCUGUCACUUCAAAGAUGGUCAGAUCUUUUUUGCCGGAGGGGUCUUCCCUGAAGCGUGAGAUGGAGAAAGGACGUGUUUAUCUUCUGGAUUAUGAGAUUCUGGAUCAGUUGCCUGACAAUACUGUCAGUGGCAAGCAGACGUACUUGACUGCUCCUUUAUGUCUGCUGCAUUACAACCAAAUUGAAGAACUAAAGCCAAUUGCCAUACAGCUUCAACAGUCUCCUGGUCCACAGAACCCUGUUUUCUUGCCUUCUGAUUCUGCAGCGGAUUGGUUGUUAGCAAAGAUAUGGGUGCAUAAUUCAGAUUUUAUAGUCCAUCAGCUGCUUUCCCACCUGUUGCGCACUCAUCUUGUAGGAGAGGUGUGUUGUACAGCCACGCUCAGACAUCUACCGGAGAUUCAUCCUCUGUACCAGCUCCUCAUGCCACAUAUACAAACUACCCUUCAGAUCAACAUUCAAGCUAGAGCAACCCUUCUGGCCAAAAAUGGUGUUUUUGACAAGUCUAUGUCUUGGAGUCUGGAGGCAGUAAAGCUGCUGCUUGCUCGAGGAACUCAGCGUCUGCGCUAUAGCUCGAUGUGUGUGCCAGAUGACCUGAGAUGCCGUGGACUGGAUACACUCCCCAUCUGCUAUUACGCACAAGAUGCUAUCAGGGUGUGGGAUGCUCUACAUAGGUUUGUUGAGGGCUGGAGUAGUUUGUAUUACUGUAAUGAUGAGGACGUCCAGCAGGACUGUGAGCUGCAGAACUGGAUUAGAGAGAUCUUCAUGGAGGGAUUCCUCGGUCUUAUUCACAUAGGAAUCCCACAGUCAUUUCAGACUACUGCUGAAAUGUGUAAAUUUGUCACCAUGGUGAUCUUCUCCUGCUCAGCGCUUCACUCAGCUGUCAACUUCUCUCAGAUGGAUUACAACCUUUGGAUACUGAAUAGUCCAGCAGCCAUGGUACGCCCUCCUCCUCAGACCAAAGGCCAAAUAUCAGUGGAUGAGCUUCUCUCCUUUCUUCCAGGAGUGAAUUCCUCUUGUCAUGUACUAAGUGUCUUGAGUCUGCUGUCACAUCGUGCCAUUGACUAUGUGCCCCUGUGCCACUAUAAGGAGUGGUACUUCCGCAGUGGCGCCACCCUCAGGCUUGUGGAGAAAGUACAGAAGGAGUUGAAGAAGAUAGCAAGAGACAUCACAAAAAGAAACACACAGCUGGAGUUACCCUACACUUAUCUGUCCCCAGAUUAUAUUGAAAACAAUCUGGCCAUCUGAGUCUAACGAAUCAAGCACUGUUUUUCUUCUUUAGAAGUAGUAUCAUUGGGGGGUUGAACGGGUUUUCUGGAUUUUAGAAAUAUCAUAAGUAAACAUUACAUAAACCAUGUGUGGUGUUUAUUUUGAUGUACCACUGUAUUCAUUUUGAAAGAAUGUUUUUUUUCUAAUGUGAUAGUACGUGUGAAUCAACGAUUUUGUGGACAACAAAAUCACCAAUAACCCAAUUUAAAUAAAAAGUCUGAUAAAUAUUUGUUUCUGUUUUGCGCUGGAAUGCAAGGGUAACGCAAAAAGGUCUUUGUAUGAAAUUAACUAAAAUAACAUUCAAACCGAAUUCAUGUAUU